AUGAACAAGCUCGAUGACAUUCUCCGACGGCACACCGUUCACGGGGAGGAGACCAGAGGGAAGCUCCUCGGCGCCGCAUUUGUCGUGACCAGCAAAGAUGCCACCCUCUACUCCGGGUCGUCUGGCCGCCUGCGUCUCGACGUCGACUCGCCCCCCUUCACCGAACACACCUUCACGUGGGUCGCCUCGCUGACCAAGCUCGUCACCUCCAUCGCCGUGAUGCAGCUCGUCCAGCGCGGCCGGCUCAGCCUCGACGCCGACCUGCGCCCCCUGGUGCCCGAGCUCCGCGACGCCCGGAUCCUGCGCGCCAUGGACCGCGACGGCCGCCCCGCCUACGAGCGCAACACGCGCCCCAUCACCAUGAGGCAGCUGCUCACGCACACGUCGGGCUUCAGCUACGAGUUCGCCGACCCCGUGCUGCUGGCCUGGUCGCGCUCCGCGCCCGGCCGCGACGUGUCGCGCAUGCACUGGUCCCGGCUGGAGAUCUCGACGCCCCUGCGCUUCGCCCCCGGCCAGGGCUGGGCGUACGGCGUCGGCGUCGACUGGGCCGGCCAGGUCGUCGAGGCCGUCACGGGCGGCCCGCUGAGCCGCCACGUGCGCGACCACAUCCUGCGGCCGCUGGGCCUCGCCGACACGGGCUUCUGGCCCGAGCGGCACCCGCAGACGGCGCCGCGCACCGCCCAGAACGUCGAGCGCACCCGCAGCGGCCGCCUGCGACCCGCCGCCUGGCCCACCCCGCACGAGCACGAGAUGGAGUCGGGCGGCGCCGGCCUCUUCACCACCGCCAGCGACUACGCCGCCCUGCUGCGCGGCUUCCUGCGCGGCAGCCUCGUGUCCGACGACACCGUGCGGGCCAUGCUGGCGCCCCAGCUCGACGAGGCCCAGGCCGAGCGCAUGCGCGACGUGGCCACCCACCCCCGGGUCAGGAACACCUUUGUCCCGGAGUUUGCCGACGGCCAGGACAUCAACCACGGGCUGGGGGGCAUGCUCAACGUGGGCGACGUGCCGGGCAAGAGGCGGGGGGGGAGCAUGGCCUGGAGCGGGAUCCUCAACAGUCGAUGGUGGGCCGACCCCACGACCGGCAUCGCAGCCGUCCUCGUCGUCAACGUCCGCCCCAACGGAGACCCCAUCGUGGCCAAGCUGUACGACGAGCUCGAGCGCGCCGUCUACGCGCAUCUGCUCGGGGACGCGUCCAAAAGCCGCAUCUAG